AUGUCGCUAGAAAGUCUGGCACCAGAACUGGUGUCUAUCAUCUUACAGAAUAUUGACUCACCUCGCGGUCUCCACGAUCUAAUUGCAGCAUCGCCUGCCUGUCUACGGGUGUUCUUGCAAACCCCAUAUCUCAUUCUUUCAGCUGUGGUGCGAAAUGCAUUACCAAGUGGCACGAUGAAACAUUAUCUUGCUGCUUCACUGGCCCCUCUAUCCCCUCUACGUGAGACUAGAGAUGAGAUCUUGUUGUUCUUGGAUGAAUACUUCAGUACCAAUACGCCUCUUGAGUUUCCGGCAAACCAAACAGACCUUGUGUCGUUUUGCAAACUCUAUCAUCGAGUUGAUUAUCUCGUCAACAUGUUUUUACAUCAAAUGCGUCAGCUUGGGUUUGACGAUUCGAUCCUGGCGCCUUCAUGCUCUGAAUCUACUCGACUUCACAGAGCGUUUCUACGAUAUGAAAUUUACUGCAGCGUAUUUGUGCCCAAGGAAUUUGAAUCAUUGGAGGACCGUUAUCAAUUUUCGGGCGUUGAACAAUUUGAUCUAUUCUUGAGGCGACUGAUGCCAUGGGAGGUUGAGGAAAUGGCCUGUGUCCAGGUGUAUUUUGCCCUUCUCGCGGGCGAUUAUGUUAGCCAACUUGAGGAGCAGCUCAUCGAAGCUGUGAAGAGCACUGCUGAGCUUGUGUGGCCAUCGUCCCCAGACUCAAAACCAGAAGAACAAGCCGAGAAAAAGGAAGAGGAAGGGAUAGUGAGCAGGAGAGAUGACAUGAGGGAAUUCAAGAACUUGGACCUCACCAAUCUGAUAUUAUUCUCCAAAGACGGGAUAUACAGUUCCCCGGAUAGUAUCACCCACAUGACCUCUCUGGGCCUUGGGUUUAUGUAUGUGCUCUGUAAAUCAGAGGACCGAAGAUCUGAAUUGAUUCGUUCAAGUUCUCCGGACUACCGCGAGUUUAUGCCGGAAGCACUCAGCCAUUCGCCGGCAUGGACACCAGAGGAUCCAAAUCAAGGCAUCUCUACUGAAGAAACAGAUUCACUGGAUGAUCCAUUGCGUGAGAACCUAGGGUUUGUCUUAUUUGGAAAGAACCACAAUAUGGGAACGGUAUACCUUCCUAUCGAUCCUACGGGUUCUCAUUACUCAAUACUUAGGCGACUCGGGUACGUUUUUUGGGACUCGUGGAGGAUACAAUCUCCUGGAGUGUCUGAUAGACUGAGAGCGGUUGAGAGGAUGACAUAUGAUGAAAUACACGAGUUAUUUAAUAAGCCGUGGCGAAACGGAGCUGAGGCCAGGCUUCAGGGGGUAAUGUUGCCACGAGAUCAGUUUGAGAAGAUCGAAAGAGAAUUUGGAUACAUCGAAGACGCUGGAGAUUUGUAG